UACCCUAAGCCCCACAAAACCUUAAACCCCCCAUUUCUCUGUGCACUGCCACGACCAAAACCAGCGAUGGCACUCCACUCUCUCCGCAUCCGGCGAGCUCUGGCCACCGUCUCUUCCCUCCACCGUUCUAUUUCCUCUCCAAUCGCCAGUAUCUCUUCCUCUCCUCUCCUCGAAAUACCCACUCCCCUUUCCUCAUCAUUGGCGACGUUUCUCAAACCUCGAUCAUUCUCGCUUACUCGGGUUUCCUUCUUUUCGUCUUCUUCCUCAACCAGAUCAUCACCGCCGAGGGUUUGGAAGGAGGGGGAGGAGAUCACGGCUGACAUGGUUUUGUUUGAGGGCUGCGACUAUAAUCACUGGCUUAUCACCGUAGACUUCCCGAAGGAGGCGAAACCCUCUCCUGAAGAGAUGGUCCGCACCUACGAGGAAAUCUGUGCCAAGGGUCUCAACAUCAGUGUGGAAGAGGCGAAAAAAAGAAUAUAUGCAUGCAGCACAACAACUUAUGAAGGUUUUCAGGCUAUAAUGACAGAAGAAGAGUCUGAGAAGUUUAAUGAUGUCCCUCAAGUUGUUUUUGUGUUGCCAGAUUCCUAUAUCGAUCCAGUAAACAAGGAGUACGGAGGAGACAAGUAUGAAAAUGGAGUGAUCACACACCGGCCACCCCCAGUUCAAUAUCAUAGAACUAGUGGAAGAUUCAGAGAUCAGCAAAACAGAAAUGCUGACCGAGGUAGGUAUGACCAGCGAGGAGGUCAAGCUCCGAACCAGCAAGGGUAUAAUCAGCGAGGAUAUAUGCAAGGAGAUGGAAGAAAUUAUGGGCACUCGCAAAAUUAUUCACCUCAGCAAAAUAGUGGUGGUCCUCGGCAAAAUUACAGUCAACCUCAACAAAAUUAUGGACCUCCUCAACAACAUUAUAGUCAACCUCAACAAAAUUUUGGUCCUCCACAGCAAAAUUAUAGUCAACCUCGACAAAAUUACAAUGGUCCACCUCAGCCCAACUAUAGUGUGCCCCAGCAAAACUAUUCUGGGUUCUCCGAUCAGGCAUCUAAGGGAGGUCCAAUGCCUUCACAUCAGAGCAAUCACCCUCAAGGAGGAGGACCAACAAAUAAUAAUCUGCAAGAAGAAAGGGAGUUCCCUCAGGGAAGUCGCAGGGAUUAUGCACCUCCAGGGCAGGGAAACUAUGCGGGAGAUAAUAGGGAUUAUGCUCGAACACAAGGUCAAGUGCCAGGAGCAAAUCCUGGCUAUGGGCAGGGUUUCUCUCAUGGGGAGCAAACGAAUGUACAAAGGGAGCAAACGAAUUAUAUGCCCAUGGGACAAACUGGACCAGACCAGGGAAGAUAUUGAGGUGGUCUCAAUUUGCUUGUGAGGAGGACCUGAACAAUCAAAUUACUGUCAUCUAUCUGCUCACACGAGCGAAGGGUUGCAUAUUUCGUCUUUGGGGUUAAUAGUAUGUCUUUAACUCUCUCCUGAAGUUUUGUGAAUGAUCGUAGGUUAUUUACCAUCAUGAACUCCUGAUUGUGUGGAGACGUAAUUACCUAGUCAGAUAGUUUAGUAACAUUGUGAUAAGUUCUAUCUUUGUUGGUGUUAAGACGACUUUCUUAUCAAAAAAAGACAGCUGUUUGUUUAUUCAAACGUUGUGCACCACAUGAAACUUCUGAUUUUCUAA